AUGUCACAUCUUAUAGACUGUGAGAACUUUCAGUGUCUUCAGGGAUAUGUGAAAUGUUAUAACUCGUACUGUAUCCCACAUUAUUAUCUUCGUGAUGGAAGAACUGACUGUCCUACAGGAGAGGACGAGCAACCGUUUUACACUGGUCCAUGUACUGGAUAUUUUGCUUGCUGGAACAGCAACAUCUGUCUUCAUCCUGCCCUACUUUGUGAUGGACAUCCUGAAUGUCCGUAUGGGGAUGAUGAGCUUGGCUGUCGAGAGUUUUGUCCUAAAGGUUUUCGGUGUAUUUCAGGGACAGUGUCACUGACAGAUUAUAACAGAUCAAUUCCUUUAGACAUGACCACUUUGUCUCGUAUAGAUCCACGGCCCAGAUACAUGGACCUCUCUGGAAUAGAAAUUUAUGGAUUUGACAAUUUCAUGCCUGAAACCAGAGAAAUAUUUUAUAACUUACUAGUGCUUAUCAUGUCUAAUUGCAAGCUUAGUAAAUUAUAUAUUCCAUACGAUUCUAAAUGGUUUGGAAAGAAUCCCCCCUUUUCUAUCCAAAAACUAGACAUUAGCUACAAUAUGUUUGAACAAUUUUCUAAGCAUUAUUACAACCAUUAUUAUAAACGAAUACAUUAUCUUAAUAUGUCUUACAAUAAACAGCUUAAGUCAGUGGGAAAUCUACGAUUCGGUUUUUUAGAAAUACUUGAUUUUUCCUAUACAAGUUUGUCUUACCUAAACGAUUCAGUGUUUGUAAAUUUGCCCAGACUAAAACAUCUCAACUUGAGCCAUACUUUGAUUUCAGAUUUUACUAGACAAUAUUUCCUCUCAAAAGCAUCACUACACACGCUCGACUUAAGACGUAUUCACACAAAAGAUCUCGACGACUACUUAUUUCAUGGUCUAACCAUUAGCCAGGAGUUGUAUGUUGAUCACUUUAAGAUCUGCUGUCCUCAGAUUCAAGGAUUGGUAAUUAAACCUCGUGCGUGCAUUGCUCCUGUAACUAUAGACGCUAUAUCUUCGUGCUCUAAUCUGCUAGGAUUUGAUAUUCAGCGAUUUCUUCUCUGGAUGGUUGCAAUUCUCGCAGUUCUGGGAAACGUGACGGUCAUUGUGUAUCGUGUAACUUGGGAUAGGUCAGUUCUCCAGACAGGAUACGGUCUGUUUGUGACCAACUUAGGUAUAUCUGACUUCAUCAUGGGAGUCUAUUUGUUCAUAAUUGCUGGGGCUGAUUCUUUCUACCGUGACAAGUAUGUUCUCUAUGACAAGAGCUGGAGAAACAGUGUUGAAUGCAAGAUCGCUGGUUUUAUGGCUUGUCUUUCAUGUGAAGCAUCGACGUUCUUUGUUUUCCUGAUCACUCUCGACAGAUUUUUGGUGAUAAAGUUUCCAUUCGGUCAAGUAAAGUUUACGUGGUCUCACAAAACUAUCGCAGUUGUGAUGUCUUGGGUGGCCAGUGUCCUACUUUCACUUGUCCCCAUUGUUUUGAACUUUGACAUCUAUUCUUCUAACGCGAUGUGUCUCGGCUUGCCUUUAACAAACUCACAGGCUAAAGGUUGGGAGUACUGUGUGGCAGUUUUUAUAAUUUUUAACCUGAUCAUGUUUGUCUUUAUUGCAUGUGGUCAAUAUGCGAUCUUUCGUGCCAUAUCAGAGAACAGAAUAUCUAAAACAGCAGCCAACAUGAUAUCUUCACGACGAGCUGAAGAUAUAACAGUAGCCAAACAACUGUCUCUUGUAGUUCUGUCUAAUUUUCUUUUCUGGUUUCCUGUGGGAAUUAUGGGACUGAUGUCACUUGGAGGUCAUGAGGUCAGUAGUGAGGUUUAUGCAUGGACAACGGUUCUCCUUUUGCCCAUAAACUCCGCUGCAAACCCUGUGCUGUACACUAUUCCUGCCCUACUGGAGAGAUGGGAGCAGUUUAAACGUGGGGAUCAAAGGACACCUUCUGCCUAUGUGUAA